AAAUGUCUAUUCCAGCCAUAAAUCAGAAGGUUGUACUAAUCACUGGUUGUUCUUCUGGCAUUGGAUUGGCACUAGCUGCUCGCAUUGCAAAAGAUGAGAAGAAGCGAUUCCUGGUAUAUGCCACCAUGAGGAACCUGACUAAAGGGGCAGCUCUGGUAGAGGCAGCAGGUCGUACUUUGGGCCGCACUCUGGAGAUCAAGCAGCUUGAUGUGUGUGAUGAAACGUCUAUCAAAGCCUGCGUGGACAGUCUGCCCGUGCGCAGGGUCGACAUUCUCAUCAGUAAUGCAGGAUUAGGAUUGAUUGGCCCGAUUGAAUGUCAGUCCAUUGAUGAGAUGAAAACUGUAAUGGACACCAACUUCUUUGGGCUUGUGCGACUUCUGAAAGAGGUUCUGCCUGAUAUGAAGAAGAGAAAAAGUGGCCACAUAGUGGUCAUGAGCAGUGUGAUGGGAAUUCAGGGUAUAUUGUUUAAUGACAUUUAUGCUGCAUCAAAAUUUGCUGUCGAAGGAUUCUGUGAGAGCCUGGCAGUUCAGGCACUAAGAUUCAACCUAAAUAUAAGCCUCAUUGAACCUGGACCAGUUAUCACAGAGUUUGAGCGCAAAGUGUAUGAAGAAUGCUUGAAGAUAGACCUCUCCACAGCUGAUAAAGUGACUGCCGACAUGUUUACUAACAUCUACUUGAAGAAUUACAGCCAGAUAUUUGAGACUCUUGGACAAACACCAGAGGAUAUUGCAGAGAUAGAAAAGUGCCCUCUGCAAAUGAGGGGGCAGACCACCCUUCUGAAGGAAGCUCAGAUUUGUUUUUGUGGAUUUCACAAGGUUCAUCCACCAGUCACAGUGGAUGCAUCACAGAGCACACAUGCUCAAAGCACACCCUCCAUCAGUGAUGUGUCACAUUCUGCAAAGAUGGCCAAACUGACAUUGUCAAUGUUUGAAAAGUCAAGGUUUGGAGGCUCACAUGUGGCAGCAGCAAAACCCAAUUUGAGCACCCAGAGGAAAACCUCUCAGACAUUAGAGGACUCCAGUUCAGCCGCAGCUUCUAGCCCACCCUCUGAUCCUCGUCCUCCUCCAUCCCCCAAACCUCACCGGCCUGUCAUCCAGUCCUCCUCUUCCUUCUUCCUUCCUCCAGCUCAGAGAUCACAACGCAUAAAAGAAACGGCAACACCAUCGACUAUUUCUGAGUUUGCUGUUGUGAGCAGUGUUGUGGUUUUUCUUCCUCUAAUUCUGAAGAACGACUCUUGAGUCAAGGUUUUGAAACCAAAACAGGUCUCAUCUCAGCCAGAAGACCCUGUGGAUCUCCCACUACUGUGGCCACAGACAAUGCCACAGCAGGACCAGAAGUGGGUGUCGGAAGCACUUUUUAGGGUUGGUGCAAAGGGAAAGCUGGAGCUGCGUGAAAACCUACAGUUGUGGUAUCACCCCCCACAACCAGCCCUGUUGUACCACCAAGCUCCAACACCUGCUAGAUUUUUUUCACAGCGGCUCUUGCUCUGGAUGCCAUAUAGGCUAUGGAAGGUGCGGCUCCAGUGUACUAACCCUGCCUGUGCCAGGCAUCAUCUGUGUGGUGGUGGUCUGCACAGGAGGGUACGACAGGUGUUAGAUAUCGACAGAUACUACAACCUGGUCACAGAGACCCUAAUCUGUACCAGGUGUAGA